AUGGAGGGGGGACCUGGCCUCCUGCACCACGGCCUCCCGGGGGCUGACGCGGGCCAUGCUGCAGCAGAGGCGGCGGCGCUGGUGCUGGUGGCCCUGCUAUGGGGUGGCACCGGGCCGCUGAAAAACGCCGCGGGCCGGGAGCAUGGGCGGGGCCGGGGCCGCCUGCGGCAGCUGCUCGCCGAGAUCCGCUUCCUGGGCCUCAACUACAAGUACGUGCUGCCGUUUCUGCUCAAUCAAUGCGGAUCGCUCCUUUUCUACCUCACCUUGGCAUCCACAGACCUGUCCCUGGCCGUACCUCUGUGCAACUCCCUGGCUUUGGUAGCCACGUUAGUGACCGGCAAGAUUCUCGGAGAGGACAUUGGUGGUAAAAGUAAGUUGGACUUGAAAGGCCUUUUGUCACAGUGCCUCCUGCACGGGCUGCUAACGUGGUAG